CGGCGGCGGCGGCGGCGGCGGCCCGCGCUCGGCCUCGCUGACCCAGGGAGCUGCUGGUGGGGCGGGGGCUGCAGCGCUCCGGAGCACCCCGCGGCCGAGGCAGGAUCCUGGAUAUUUAGGCUUGGUGGACUCUUGUGUUGGUGAAGCGACUGCGGAAGCCAGGACCCUCCCUUCCUUCCGGAGAUCCGAGUGCUGGGACAGAACCAGCCUCCCCAGACGUCCCCAUCCCCAAGGGUGUUCCCAGGUUUCCACAUCGGUGACUUUGUGGCGCACAUCUGUAAGAAAGAUUUCAUCACCAGGAGGUUUCUUGGGACAUUACCAAACCGCUUGUUUUGGCUGCUGCAGACCAGGGACGAUGGCCAAGUAAGCGCCCGCCAUGGCCAACCGGAAGCAUGCGGGCACAGUGCGCAGCAUACUGGACCACGGGGUGAGGCCGGGCCCCGUGCCCCACCACGUCCAAGAGCCCGAGGGCGAGGACACCGAGCUGCCCCUGGAGGAGUAUGUCCCCACUGGCCUGGAGCUGGCCACCCUGCGCCCUGAGAGCCCCGUCCCCCCGGAGCCCGAGGGUGCUGACCACAGCCCAGACGGGGACUCCAGCUCUGACUAUGUGAACAAUACCUCCGAGGAGGAGGACUACGAUGAAGGCUUGCCCGAGGAGGAGGAAGGCAUCACCUACUACAUCCGGUACUGCCCGGAGGAUGACAGCUACCUGGAGGGCAUGGGCUGCAAUGGGGAGGAGUACCUGGCCCACGGCAGCCACCACCUGGAGACCGACGAGUGCCAGGAGGCCGUGGAGGAGUGGCCGGACGCCACGGGCCUGCACCCCCUCAGCCACGGGGCCGAAGGCAGCCAGGACUACUCGGAUGACCCCCUCCCUAUCCCCGAAGAUGAGACCUCUGUCCUGGAGGCCCACGGUCAGGAGGAGGGGCUCCUGUACUGCCCUGGUGAAGAGGGCUACCAGGAGUACUACCCGACAGAGGCCAACGGCAAUGCUGCCGGCACCUCCCCCUAUCGCCGGCGGCGCGGGGACGGGGACCCGGAGGACCCAGAGGAGGACAUCGACCAGAUCGUGGCCGAGAUCAAGAUGAGCUUGAGCACGAGCAGCAUCACCAGCGCCGGUGAGGCCAGUCCUGAGCACACGCGUGCCGGGGGGCCCGAGCCGGGAUCCGGGGACUCGCCCGAGGCCUGCCCACAGGGCGAAGCCAGCCAUGGCCCCAGCAGGCAUGAGGGCAGGCCCAAGUCCCUGAACCUCCCUCCUGAGGCCAAGCACCUGGCAGACAUCCAGAGAGGCUUCAAGGCCAAGAGCAGGACGCCAGAGGAGAGGCUCAAGUGGCCCCAAGAGCAGGUUUGCAACGGUUUGGAACAGCCAAGGAAGCAGCAGCGCUCCGAUCUCAACGGACCUGUUGACAACAACAACAUUCUGGAGACAAAGAAGGUGGCAUCAUUUCCAAGUUUUGUGGCUGUCCCAGGACCCUGUGAACCUGAAGACCUCAUUGAUGGGAUCAUCUUUGCCGCCAACUACCUGGGGUCCACCCAGCUGCUGUCAGAACGGAACCCUUCCAAAAACAUCAGGAUGAUGCAGGCACAGGAGGCCGUCAGCCGGGUCAAGAGGAUGCAAAAGGCUGCUAAAAUCAAGAAAAAAGCGAAUUCUGAGGGGGACUCCCAGAUGCUGACUGAAGUGGAUCUCUUCAUCUCUACCCAAAGGAUUAAGGUUUUAAAUGCAGACACACAGGAGACCAUGAUGGAUCACGCCCUGCGCACCAUCUCUUACAUCGCCGACAUCGGGAACAUCGUGGUUUUGAUGGCCAGACGCCGCAUGCCCCGGUCAGCUUCUCAGGACUGCAUCGAGACCACACCUGGGGCCCAGGAGGGAAAGAAGCAAUACAAGAUGAUUUGCCACGUGUUCGAGUCAGAGGAUGCCCAGCUGAUUGCCCAGUCCAUCGGCCAGGCCUUCAGUGUGGCCUACCAGGAGUUCCUGCGGGCGAACGGCAUCAACCCCGAAGACCUGAGCCAGAAGGAAUACAGUGACAUCAUCAACACCCAGGAGAUGUACAAUGACGACCUCAUCCACUUCUCAAACUCUGAGAACUGCAAGGAGCUGCAGCUGGAAAAGCACAAGGGUGAGAUCCUGGGCGUGGUGGUGGUGGAGUCGGGCUGGGGCUCCAUCCUGCCCACGGUGAUCCUGGCAAACAUGAUGAAUGGUGGCCCAGCCGCCCGCUCGGGGAAGCUGAGCAUCGGGGACCAAAUCAUGUCCAUCAAUGGCACCAGCCUGGUGGGGCUGCCCCUUGCCACCUGCCAGGGUAUCAUCAAGGGCCUAAAGAACCAGACACAGGUGAAGCUCAAUAUUGUCAGCUGUCCCCCUGUCACCACGGUCCUCAUCAAACGGCCCGACCUCAAGUACCAGCUGGGCUUCAGCGUGCAGAAUGGAAUCAUUUGCAGCCUCAUGAGAGGGGGCAUCGCAGAGCGGGGUGGUGUCCGCGUGGGUCACCGCAUCAUUGAGAUCAACGGGCAGAGUGUCGUGGCCACAGCCCACGAGAAGAUCGUCCAAGCUCUGUCCAACUCAGUCGGAGAGAUUCACAUGAAGACGAUGCCAGCUGCCAUGUUCAGGCUGCUGACGGGCCAGGAGACUCCGCUGUACAUCUAGGCGACCCCAGCGAAGACCAGGAGCUCGGAGCAGCCUGUGCUGGGCCUGUAGGCUCUGGGUGUUGGCCCAGAGCGGAACUGGGCUGUGGGGCCUGACCACUGGCCCUCCAGCAACCGCAGGACAUUGGCUUGCCCGACGGGCCUGCCCUCACCACCCACUUUUCUUUUUUUCAUUUUUGUUGGCCAAAAGGGGUAUGCCUUUAUCAAAGGAGAGUCACAGAAACAAAAUCUUUGUAAAACAUUCAAGCGUUUUGCCACCUUCUGAACUGUUUUUUCAUUGUGGCUGGCAAAGGGGAUGUAUUUGUACUUCCGUGUGCUGUAGAGUGUGUGUGUAUCUUUCCUCCUUGAAGCUGUAGUGAACGCAGGUGCCUGACAGAUGCAGCAUGGAGAGCGAACAUGGGAAGGAGAGUGAGCUGGGAAGUCUGAGGUCCCACAGGGACACCCCCAGGGGCCCCAGAUGGGCUGAUUUCUGCCACUGCUUCCGCAGGGGCAUGGACAGCCCGGCUCCCAGGGUGGGAUCUUUGACUCACAUGGAGAACCUGUGAAUGAUUGUAAGUAUUUAGCAAGAAAGGAGACAUCCCUGAGUUCAAUAAAAGAGGCUGGCCAUGACA